AUGGACCUUCAGAAGGACCAAUCUCAUGUGACACUCUGCCAGACAACCGACACUGGUCCAGAAAAGACCUAUGAGCCAGAUGUCAUUGGAUCUUGGCAUUUACGAAAUAGAGAACAACUCAGAAAAAGAAAACAUGAAGCACAAAAGAAGCAAAUGUUACAAUGGCACCUUGAAGAACAGAAGAUUCACAAGAGGCAGAGAUUACGGAAUGCAAAUCACAAAGAUUUAAAGAAACAACAAAGUACAGAACCAAAGGCUGAGUCUCUAUUACAAGUAGAAAAGGAAACACAGGUGGCACCUGCCCAGAAAGAAACCCAGUACUCUGAAACAGAAGACCUUUUAUAUUUAACCUCAUCUCCAAAAGACAUGCCUGCAGAAUACUGUUUUGAAAUACACCAGGAUAGCUUUGUACAUGGGGAAAAAUCUGCUAGGUACCGUGAUACAGCAGUAUUGAACCCUUUUUCUGAAACAAACCAAUAUUUGACUGAAUCUGAAGACCUCUAUCCUAAACUAUGCCAAGAAAUAUCAGUACUUAAAGAAUAUGGUUUAAAAAUAUGCAGUGACAUGGCUGAACAUGCAGCUUUCUCUUCUGAAUCAUGUGAAGAGACAAUGUUUACCAAAACUCUACCCUGUACAAUAUCUGAAGAUACAUCUGACAAGUAUGAAUGCUCAGGAUCUCCUAAAUCAUAUGUGCCUGAAAACUAUCUUCUCAACAAAUGCCAAAAAUUACCUGGAUCAGAGAAAUUCACUACUGAGCCACAUCUAGAAGCAAUUAUGCCUGAAGUUUUCUUCUCCUAUCUGCAAUUAAGAGCUGUAGCAAAAGAUGAUUUUCCCCUAACACAAGAAGCAGUUGAACCUGAAUACUCUUCCGCUGAGAUUUACAAAGAUAUCACUGCAACCACAACUUCUUACAAAAUAAUGGAAAUAACACCUAAGCCUGAAGUAAAUUCACUUGAAACAUGUCAAGAAAUAUGUGAAGAUGAGAAAUGUUCACCUGAAGCUUACCAGGAAAUGCCUGGGAUAGAAGGCAUUUCUAAUAAAAGACAUCAGAAUAGUGAUGAGCGUUAUGAAUGA